AAAAUUCAUGCGUAAACAACUUCACGUCGGGGAUUUUCCUCUGCUUUCACAAACGUUUCGUUCAGGAUGGUUGUGUGUAACUUUUACCUUCAGGGUCGAUGUCGUUACGGUGAAAAGUGUUGGAAUGAGCACCCGAAAGGAGGAAACAGAGGAGGUGGAGGAGGUUACAACGACAAUUAUAACCGCUCCUCUGGUCAGCAGCCGUUCAGAGGAGGAAGUGGAGGGUUUGGAAACAGAGUUUGGGUGAAUCCUUCCCAGCAACGAGGCAACUACAUCCAGCCUUCAACCUUCUCACAAGAAAGGAGCAACUGGGGUCCUGGAGGAGGUGGAGGGGGGAGAAGGGAGAAUGUGAAGAGCUCAGACUUCUCUUUCUCAACUCAAAACAGAUUCUCAGAUCUCAGUUCUUCAAACACAUUUGAAAGGGGAGGAAGAGGAGGGGCAGCAGCAGCAGCAGGAGGAACAACUGGGGAGGAAGAUGACGAUAAGAAACUGGAGGUGAUUCAGAUGGACAUGGACGUUUGGGAGAGUUCAGGACAGUGGGGCUUCUCGUGUUACUCCUGCUCCAAAGCAUCCAUAUCUGGUUUUACUGAGUUGUCUCCAGAGGAGCUCAGACUGGAGUACUACUCCACACGAGCAUCAGGAGAUCUGCAGAGCUACCUCAACGGCAUCAAUCAGUUGCUCAGUAAGUGGAAAAGCAGAGUUCAGGAGCUGAAGAUCAUGAGUCCAGCCACACGUGGAGCCUUGCUUGCAGAGUUAAAUGGGACAGCGCCGCCGCAGUCAUCAACAGGUGGCUUUGGUUCCUCACCAGCGACAACUUUUGGAUUCCCCUCAUCGAGCUUUGGAAGCAAAGACUUCGGCGUCCCUGCACCAGCCCAGGCCAGCAGUUUCAGCUUUACUGCUUCAGGAUUCGGCUCCUCAGCUGCCCCAUCAUCAUCAUCACCUCCGGCUGGUUUUGGUAGCGCUUUAGCAGCUCCUACCCAACCUCUGUCUGGGCUUGGAUCCUCCUCUACACUUUCAGCUUCGACCUUUUCAUUCGCAACUCCCAACGCUGACAAGCCGGCUGCUCCUUCAGGAUUUGGAUCGGCCUCUGGGUUCAGCUUCUCCUCCACACCAAACACCGGAGGAGUGUUGGGGUCUUGUUUUGGUGCCGCAGCACCUGGAACUGCAGGUGGCAGCAGCACUUUGGCACCAACAGGAUUCGGGGCAGCGAGCUCUACACCUUCAGUUGCUGCUGGGGGUGCAUUGGACAGUCUGUUCUCAGCAGAGGGCAAUCUUACUGAAGAAGAACUGAUCCAGUUUAAGGCUAAAAGAUUCACUUUAGGCCAGAUUCCAUUAAAGCCACCACCAGCUAGCAUACUGGAGGUCUGAUACUGUGGGGCGGGAAAGAUUUGUGAAGUUCAUUUUUUUUCUGCGCGGUGUGUCUGUUUCAUCCUGCCAGUGACUUGUUUUAAAGUUUAACGCUGUUCAGAGACAUUUCAAAUCAGCACUGGAAAGUGAAAAACCGGCUUUUUGUUGUUUUGAAUGUUUUCGAGACAUAUAGAUUACAUGCAGUUUAAUACACAGAAUUACUUUAAAAGCUAGGUUUUGUCACACAGAAUUCUAUUUUUGACAAAUGAAUUGGCUUAUUUAUCUGUAUUUGUAAGACUGAAUACGUAGACAAACCAAUAAAGGUCUGGAACAAUCAUCCAGGCUCGUUUUGACAAGUCAUAUUUAUUUAGAUGGAGUAGCAGUUUCAGGCUUCAGCCAGGAGAGGGCGCCAUACGAAAACCUUUAAAUAUAUUGUAGCUCAUAAAGAGACAUUUUGAGACAGAGUUUUGUCAGCCUUAAAGAAUUCACAUAUAUUUUAGAUUGUAAGGAUUAUCCAUUAAAUGCGGGAGAGCGCAGUAAACCAUGUUAGAGGAAGCUGUAUUCAUUAUGUAUUUAUUAGCCGAGCACCGGAGGGACAACGAGAGUAAAGCGGCGACAGAGACUGCAAUAAGCAGUUUUAUUGUGGAGGUUGCUGACUCCAGAAUAUUUUCAGCUGACAGGGACUUUGUGAUGUUGCCGUGAGGUGAAAGGGAGCCAGAGUGGAGCGCCUGCCAUGUCC